AUGGCAUUGGCGAAUUACAUACAACAUACGUAUACGGUGAACCACUUCCAACGAUUUAUACAAGAGUCAUCGAGUCAAAAACUACUUCCUGAAACACUUCAGGCUCCUUACGUGCAGCCGGCGUAUAUGGUACUGGAUAUAAAGGACUUGUUGGUACAUCCAGACUGGACUUUCGAAACAGGUUGGCGUUUUAAGAAGCGUCCAGGAGUUGACGUUUUUUUAAAAGAAUGCGCAAAGUACUUUGAAAUUAUUGUUUACACGGCGGAGCAAGGAAUUACGGUACUACCGCUGCUCGACGCGCUUGAUCCAAAUAGCUAUAUUAUGUAUCGUUUGGUUCUUGACUCAACACACUUUGAUGGAGGACAUCACUUAAGGAAUCUGGGCAAUCUAAAUCGCGACCUAAAGCGUGUGGUGGUCGUGGAAUGGGAUAGCAAGUAAACUACGUUUUGCUUUUCCAUCCCGCGGUGGUCUGGAUAAGACAGUGACACCACCCUUGUCGAUCUUGCCUAAUUUCUUAUUGUUCUGGGCACACGCCAAAUGGAUGUUUUGCGAGACGUAUUGCAAUACUACAAUCAAUUUAGUGAUUCUAUAUUUUAGUUCCGGGAAAAUCAACGAAAGCUUAGAGAACAAGUGCAGGCCGCUGAGCUAGAAGGAAAUUGCAAGUUUAAUCCUGCUGUCAAGAACUGGACCCCCAGCAUCAAAAAACAUUAAGAAGUUGUGGUUUAAAUACACCUUUUGG